AUGCCAAGGGAAAUCAUUACGAUCCAGGCCGGGCAGUGCGGCAACAGCAUUGGAAGCCAGUUUUGGCAACAGCUCUGCCAGGAACACGGCAUCAGCCAAGAUGGAAACCUAGAAGACUUUGCGACUGAAGGCGGUGACCGAAAAGAUGUCUUUUACUACCAGAGCGACGAUACGAGAUACAUACCCCGAGCCAUCCUAAUUGAUCUGGAACCGAGGGUCAUCAACGGUAUCCAGACUGGACCUUACAGAAAUAUUUAUAACCCCGAGAACUUUUACGUGGGCAAAGAUGGCGUUGGUGCCGCCAACAACUGGGGUGAUGGUUACCAGAGUGGUGAGGCGGUGUACGAGGACAUCAUGGAGAUGAUUGAUCGAGAGGCAGAUGGCAGUGACUCUCUUGAGGGCUUCAUGAUGUUGCACUCAAUUGCCGGCGGUACGGGAUCAGGUCUUGGAUCGUUCCUCCUCGAGAGGCUUAACGAUCGGUUUCCCAAGAAGAUCAUCCAAACGUACUCGGUCUUCCCGGACACAACAAACGCGGGUGACGUUGUUGUUCAUCCUUAUAACAGUAUCCUAUCUAUGCGAAGAUUAACGCAAAAUGCUGACUCUGUUGUCGUUUUGGAUAAUGGUGCUUUGUCACACAUUGCUGCCGAUAGGUUGCAUGUCCAGGAGCCAUCCUUUCAACAAACAAACCAGCUGGUUGCUACUGUCAUGUCUGCCAGUACAACAACGCUUCGAUACCCCGGUUACAUGCACAAUGAUCUUGUCAGCAUCCUAGCCUCCCUCAUCCCAACUCCCAGAUGUCAUUUCCUCAUGACUGCCUACACGCCAUUCACCGGUGACCAAGUCGAGCAAGCCAAGACAGUUCGCAAAACAACAGUGUUGGAUGUGAUGAGACGUCUACUACAGCCCAAGAACCGCAUGGUGUCUACUGUUCCCGGCAAGAAAAGUUGCUACAUCUCCAUUCUUAAUGUUAUUCAGGGUGAGGUUGAUCCGACGGAUGUUCACAAGAGUCUGCUUCGUAUCCGGGAACGACGGCUGGCCACGUUCAUUCCAUGGGGGCCUGCAAGCAUUCAAGUUGCCCUGACAAAGAGAAGUCCAUACAUCCCCAUGAGCCACCGUGUAAGCGGUCUUAUGCUCGCCAACCACACAAGUAUUGCGACGCUCUUUAAGAGAAUUCUAAGGCAGUACGAUGGCAUGCGUAAGCGUAAUGCCUUUAUGGAAGGAUACAAGAAGACAGCACCGUUUUCCGAGAACCUCAACGAGUUUGAUGAGGCACGGCAGGUUGUUGCAGACUUGAUUGGCGAAUACGAAGCUGCUGAAGACGCAGAUUACCUCAACCCAGACGCAGGAGAGAAGCCCACAUCUGCAGAGACGGAUCGACGAGUAGCGUGA